UUUCUUUCUCGCCAUUCCUCGUACUUCCUCGGAAUCCAAGAUGGCGUCAAUACUCGGACGCCUUAUUGCUUUUCUUCCACAGAGACCACUGCUCGGUGCAGCUGUGUCCCGCGUGGAGAGCGUCCGUGGGGCCGCAAAGGGAAACAAGGCGUGCCAUCAGCGUAAGCCUCGUAAAGGGAAGCACUACGGCAUCAAGAAAUGGCCGGGGACGACCGUUCACAUGGGGGACAUGUUGGUCAAGCAGCGCAUAAUGCGCUUUCAUCCAGGCCUCAACGUGGAGUUUGGUGUGAUGAGGCACAGCCUGUACGCGGCCGUCGAUGGCAAGGUCGUGGUCAGCACAGAGCGUGUGACCCCCCGGUGGGACAACCCUCGCGUGCAGGAGUUCUACGAGGGACAGGACGUCACGCACCUGCACAAAAAGUACUUCCACGUCGUCCCGGAGCCGCAGCCGCAGGUCUUCAAUCUAGUAGCGCAAGUGUAAAAAUUUGACUACCAUUAAAGCUGUUGCCUAGUCCGAAA